AUGACAAAGGGUUCGUAUCUUGAAAUUUCUGUGAAUAAAAGACAAGAGCGGGAUUCCAAACUCUUCCCAGAAUGGCUGAUCCCCGAAGAUAAAUUGCCUGGAGCUGACGUCAAAAAUGUUUUGGCAUGGCCUGUUACUUCAGGCUUUUUGUCUCUAGAAGAGAUUGAGAUUACUGAGAGCUCUGCUCGUUUUAUUCUAGAGAGCAUUAAGAAUAGAAAGUGGACAGCUUAUCAAGUUGCAUUGGCAUUUUGCCAUAGGGCAAGUAUUGCACAUCAGCUGGUGAAUUGUUUGUCAGAAGUAUUCUUUGCAGAGGGUUUGGCCCAAGCAAAAGAAUUGGAUGCCUACUAUGAAGAAACUGGUGAGUUGAAGGGACCAAUGCACGGCUUACCAAUCUCUUUGAAAGAUAAUUUGAAUGUUAUUGGCCAACAAACUACUUUGGGAUUUGCUGGAUUUUGUAAUAACCCCGAAAAGUUCACCUAUGACUCAAGUUUGGUUAGUAUACUCAGAAGAAUGGGAGCAGUCUUUUGUUUUAAAACUAAUGUUCCAACAGCUAUGAUGAUGCCAGAAACUAUUAACCAUGUAUUUGGGGAGACUUCUAAUCCAUUCAACCGCAACCUAACAUGUGGGGGUAGCUCUGGUGGGGAGUCAGCACUUGGUGCAUUACUUGGGAAUUGUUAUCUGGGUAUUGGUUCAGAUAUUGGAGGAUCUUUAAGAAUUCCUGCAUCUAUGCAGAAUUUAUUUACCUUAAGACCAACUUUUGGAAGGUUCCCAACAUUUGGAGCGAGAUCAGGUUUACCAGGCCUUGAGUCCGUUAAUAGUGUCAACGGACCAAUUAGUACCAACUUAGAUAACUUGGAGUUUUACUGUAAGACGGUUGUUAAUGAAGGCAAGCCUUGGAUGCACGAUCCAAAAUGCUACGAGAUUCCAUGGAAAGAAGUUACUUUGCCAAAGAAGUUAACAUUUGCGGUAAUGAAAGAUGAUGGUUAUGUAAAACCCUACCCGGGUGUCGUCCGUGGUUUAGAAUCCGUUAUUAGUAAACUGGAGAAAGAAGGCCAUGAGGUGAUUGAAUGGAAUCCAUUAAACCAUGAUCGUUUGAACGAGAUCCUACUUCAGAUGUUUGUUAGUGACGGUGGCAUCCAUUGCAAAGAAUACGCGGGUCUAACUGACGAACCUUUCUUCCCUUAUAUGGAACCAUACGGCACAGUCAAAGAAAUGGGUGUUUCAGAGUUAUGGGAUUUACAAAGCGAGCGCACAAUGCUAUGUAAACAAUAUUUGGAAGCUUGGAAUACCACUGCUUCUAAGACGAAGUCUGGAGAGCCUAUUGAUGCUAUAUUAUUACCAGUAACUCCAUAUUCUGGUGCCAAAAAAGGAACAUUCAGGUACUGCGGCUACACAUCCGUCUUCAACGCUUUGGACUGGCCGGCAGGUGUAGUCCCAGUUACCACAGCUGAUAAGACUGUAGACUCAAAACCAGAUUGCUAUGUUCCUAGAAAUGAGAUGGAUAAAACAACAUUCGACGAAUUUGACCCUGACAUGGUGGAUGGUGGACCAGUCAGCAUUCAGGUCGUUUGCAAGAAAGCCCAAGACGAGAAGGUCGUUAGUCUCAUGAGACACAUAUCUGAGAUAAUUGGAACAAUAAACUACUGGACAACAAAAUCGGCUUUGAAAGAUUAG